ACAACAUUAAAGGUAACACAUAACAUUGGCUUUUCCUCAAAUCAUGCUAACAAGGGUUUUUCUUGAAACGCUAAAGACUUUUAGUUUGCAGUUUUUAAAUGUUUUUAUUUGUUGAACUGUAAUUGUAGCCAGGCUGUUUUAUAUGUAGGAUUAAUAAAACAAGUAAUUAUAGACAAUAAUAGUCUAAUUUACCGACCAAGCAGAAUUAGCAUCAUUAGCCACCGGUUGCUACAAGAUCGAGAAAGAUUAAAUACAAAACAUAGAGGUGACAUUCAGUGUCAGGGAUGUUAAACGGUGAUUUAAAAGGACGACCGCUUUAGGAAUUGUUGAACAUGUCCUCCGAGGAGGAUUCUUCUCAGGCCUCCUCUUCUUCUGUUUCCCCCCCUCCAUCAUCCAUCUCAUCACCUCCCCCUGUGUCCCACUUCAUCGGGAGGAAGGAGGACAUCGUCAGGGCUGGGCGUGUGACCAAGCUGGUGAACAGGUGCAGAGAUGUGCUGGUGUUGCACCACCAGGGUCAGCUUUAUGCAAUGGACAAACACUGCUACCAUGCAGGAGGUGCCCUACAGAAUGGAGACAUUGAGGAGUUUAACGGGCUGCUGUGUAUCGUGUGUCCAUGGCACAAGUACAAGAUCACACUGGCAGAGGGGGAAGGACUUUACCAAGCUGUGGACAAUCCGACAGCUAGACCCCUGAGAACACACUGGCGCUCAAAAGGUGUCAAACAGAGGAUUCACAAGGUCGCCGAGGUCAACGGGGAUGUAUAUGUAACACUGAAUGACUCGGGCGAGGCCAUCGAGUCGGACGUCUACCAAACAGAGAAAUACAGGACUAUGUUCCAGGCGGUCCAACCAAAACCCAAGAAAUAGAUGGACCGUCACUUAUGCUUCUGGAUUAUUUCAGGGACAUUUUUGCAUGUUUUGUAUUGUAUGAUGGUAAAUGGACUUGAGCUUGUGUAGCGCUUUUCUAGUCCUUUGUCUACUCAAAGUGCUUUUACACCGCAGGUCACACCUACACACUCACACACUGAGGCUGCUGUGUAGAGUCCUUCAUUACUAACUAAUCCCAUUCAUGCACAUUCUACUCGGGGUUAUGUGUCUUGCCCAAGGACACAUCAGACACAUUGUUGAAGGAGCUGGAGAUUGAACCCCCGACCAGUCGUUUAGAGACGACCGACUCUACCACUGAACCACAGGAGCCAUAGCAGAAGGAAUUUUAAACAGUAGUUACAGGAUGUGUGUUCCACGGUGGGUGUGUUUGCUUCAUCUUGACAUCCUUAUUUUUUGUUCUGUUU